AAUUCGCGAGACCUCUUUCUGUCACUUUCAUUCUCUCGCCGCUCUUUUUAUUUCAAUUUUUUGUUUCCUCUUUUUUCUUCAAUUAUUCCGGUAUAUUCCGGCGAGCUAGUUAGGGUUCCGAAGAGAAUGGCAUUGCUUUCAGAUCUGGGGACCGAGAUCGUGAUUCCGGUGUGCGCAGUCAUCGGAAUCAUCUUCUCGCUCGUGCAGUGGUUCUUCGUCUCCCGCGUCAAGGUCUCGGUGGACCGCUCGGGAGACGCCGCGGUGAAGAACGGGAAGAAUGGGAACGCUGACUAUUUGAUUGAAGAGGAGGAAGGCAUUAAUGACCACAACGUCGUCGCCAAGUGCGCCGAGAUCCAGAACGCCAUUUCUGAGGGUGCUACAUCCUUUUUGUUUACUGAGUACCAAUAUGUGGGAAUUUUCAUGGUUGCUUUCGCAAUCCUCAUCUUCCUCUUCCUGGGCUCAGUUGAGGGUUUCAGCACAAGUUUCCGGCCCUGCACUUAUGAUCAGGAAAAGCUUUGCAAACCUGCUCUUGCAACUGCUAUCUUCAGUACAGUUUCCUUCUUGCUUGGUGCCAUCACCUCUGUCAUUUCUGGUUUCCUGGGGAUGAAAAUUGCAACCUAUGCAAAUGCAAGGACAACAUUGGAGGCUAGAAAGGGUGUUGGGAAAGCUUUCAUUGUUGCUUUCAGAUCUGGUGCAGUUAUGGGUUUUCUGCUUGCUGCAAAUGGCCUAUUGGUUUUAUACAUUACCAUCAAUCUAUUCGAGAUUUACUAUGGUGAUGACUGGGAAGGACUUUUCGAGGCAAUCACUGGAUAUGGGCUUGGUGGAUCCUCCAUGGCUUUGUUCGGAAGAGUUGGUGGUGGUAUUUACACCAAGGCUGCUGAUGUUGGUGCAGAUCUUGUUGGAAAGGUUGAAAGGAAUAUCCCGGAAGAUGAUCCGAGGAACCCUGCUGUGAUUGCUGACAAUGUUGGUGACAAUGUUGGAGAUAUUGCUGGAAUGGGGUCUGAUCUUUUUGGUUCAUACGCUGAGUCAUCUUGUGCUGCUCUUGUUGUGGCUUCGAUAUCAUCUUUUGGAAUUUCUCAUGACUUCACUGGAAUGUGCUAUCCUUUGCUUAUUAGUUCCAUGGGUAUCCUGGUCUGCUUAAUCACUACUCUCUUUGCUACUGACUUUUUUGAGAUAAAGGCUGUCAAGGAGAUUGAACCAGCAUUGAAGAAGCAACUAAUCAUAUCCACUAUUUUUAUGACUAUUGGAAUUGCAAUUGUUACCUGGACAUGCUUGCCGUCAUCAUUCACAAUCUUCAAUUUUGGUGUUCAGAAAGAUGUGCAAAACUGGCAGCUAUUCCUUUGCGUUUGUGUUGGACUUUGGGCUGGACUUAUAAUUGGAUUUGUGACCGAAUAUUACACCAGCAAUGCCUACAGCCCUGUCCAAGAUGUUGCUGAUUCCUGCAGAACCGGUGCUGCAACCAACGUUAUAUUUGGCCUUGCCUUGGGAUACAAAUCAGUCAUUAUUCCCAUUUUUGCCAUUGCAGCUAGCAUCUUUGUUAGUUUCACAUUUGCUGCUAUGUACGGUAUUGCUGUAGCAGCUCUGGGAAUGCUAAGCACGAUUGCUACUGGGUUAGCCAUUGAUGCUUACGGCCCCAUCAGUGAUAACGCUGGAGGUAUCGCUGAGAUGGCUGGCAUGAGCCACAGGAUUCGUGAGAGGACUGAUGCCCUUGAUGCUGCUGGGAACACCACCGCUGCUAUUGGAAAGGGUUUCGCCAUUGGGUCUGCUGCACUUGUCUCGUUGGCACUCUUUGGUGCCUUUGUGAGCCGUGCUGGAAUCUCAUCCGUUGAUGUUCUGACCCCUAAAGUCUUCAUUGGACUACUCGUCGGAGCUAUGCUUCCUUACUGGUUCUCUGCCAUGACCAUGAAGAGUGUGGGAAGCGCAGCUUUGAAGAUGGUUGAGGAAGUCCGCAGGCAGUUCAACACCAUCCCUGGUCUCAUGGAGGGUAUUGGCAAGCCUGACUAUGCUACAUGUGUGAAGAUCUCCACCGACGCUUCAAUUAAGGAAAUGAUCCCCCCUGGCGCCCUAGUCAUGCUCACACCCCUGAUAGUCGGCACCUUUUUUGGCGUCGAGACCCUCUCUGGCGUUCUUGCUGGUUCACUCGUUUCUGGUGUCCAGAUUGCGAUUUCUGCAUCCAACACCGGUGGUGCAUGGGACAACGCAAAGAAGUACAUCGAGGCUGGUGCUUCGGAGCAUGCACAGACUCUGGGGCCAAAGGGAUCCGAGCCGCACAAGGCGGCAGUGAUUGGUGACACCAUUGGAGACCCUCUGAAGGACACUUCAGGCCCGUCGCUGAACAUUCUGAUAAAGCUGAUGGCUGUGGAGUCACUCGUGUUUGCUCCCUUCUUCGCAACCCACGGCGGUCUGCUGUUCAAACUCUUGUGAAGAGUCAAAUGCCUGCUUACACUGUGUGGUUUAUACCUUCUGCGGUUGUACGAGUUAGGGGGUAGUUAGAUUGUGUUAUUCCGAUGAGAGGUGAUGAUAAUUGUGGUGGAGGAGGUCAUCCAAAUCCACCACAUCCUGUCGUAGUUCCUAUUUUGUUGUGUCAUUUCCUGACAUAUACUAGCUCUCUAGUCUUUUUUUGGUCGGCAACAUGGAUCCAUUGAGCUUCAUGAAUUUUCUUUUGCCAAAAUUUAACUGUUCUUUAUAUUUUUUAUGUGUGAUUUUUGAGUAUGAAGUUCGCACCUUAAUGGCGGAUUGGAAUGGAUUUGGACUUUUACUUCAA